AUGUUCACGCUUAUAUAUAUCAUUUUUGCUACAGCAGCUCUUGCAGCAAGACUGUUUCUCAAUGAACCGGAUACAGGAUUCGACCCAUUCAUACCAGGGGGUGGAGGUCUGACGCCGUUAAACGAGAUAUUCUCUUUAGCAGACUUCGACGCUUCAGCUCGUAGCUAUAUGUCUCUUCGAAAUUACUCGUACUAUCGCAAUGGAGCUGCGGGAGAAUGGUCUUAUAGAAACAACCUCGAGGCUUUUGGGCGCAUCCGAUUGAGACCUAGAUCUCUCGUGGAUAUAACGCACGUCGAGGAAUCUUUACCGACCUCCAUACUUGGCUACAAUUUCUCGGCUCCAUUUUUCAUAGCCCCUGCAGGUCGCGCAGGAUACGGCAAUCCCGACGCUGAGAAGGGGCUCCUCCGGGCAGGUGAAGCAGCUAAUGUGCUAUACAUUCCAUCUUUCGGGGCUACUCUGCCUUUAGAAGACAUCGUCGCCUUCAAAAGUCCGGGUAAUGAAUAUACAACAUUCCAGCAGCUUUAUAUUGACAAUAACGACACGAAUGUACAGAGCAGUCUACGAAGGAUUGAGAAUGCCGGCCAAAAAGCCAUCAUUCUUACUAUCGACUCCCCCGGAGAUGGUGCACGUUCUCGUGCUGAGCGAUAUGGUGUUGGCUCGGCAGAUACUGGUCUCACUCUGCUAACAUGGGAGCGGUUUUCCAAGAUUCUCAACAUGACGUCCCUUCCCAUUGUCCUGAAAGGUAUUACGACAGUAGAAGAUGCGCGUAUGGCCGUCAGCUCAGGCGCUUCUGCCAUAUAUCUGUCCAACCAUGGAGGUCGUCAGCUUGACUUCUCUCCAUCGGGUUUUGAAGUAGCCCUAGAGAUUCACAAGCAAGCGCCAGAGAUCUUCGAUCAGAUUGACGUAUGGGCGGACGGUGGUGUACGCUACGGGACAGACGUCCUAAAACUCCUGGCUCUCGGUGUCAAGGCAGUUGGGUUGGCUCGGCCUUUCAUGUACGCCAACUGUUAUGGAGAAGACGGAGUAGCCCGCGCAAUCGACCUACUAAGGACUGAACUAAUCAACGACUCUGCAAAUCUUGGCCUUGGGGACAUUAAAUCUAUUAAUAGUUCAUACUUAAGUCUCGAAUACAUGAACUACAACGGUUGGUACACGAGAUAG